CUCCACCAUGUUGAAAGGUACUCUCAGUCUAUCGAACGAUGCCAUCCCGAACUACUCGCCGCCUUAUCCAACCGGUCCAUAUGACAACGAAUUCGAGGAUAUAAACACUACCGUGAUUCAAUAUCGCGUUGCUGGAUCUGAAAUACGCCAUCUUAUUCCGGAUAUUAUGGAGAUUGAAGAGGAAACACUGAUGACCUCUACGUUUGUUCAUUAUGGAAAAAGUUCUGUUGGGUCAUACAAUGAGUUCGUCCUCCAGGCAGAGGUCAGGUUCAACGGCCAAAAAUACCACUACAGCAUUAUCCUUAUCCUCGACAAUGAAUCCGCAAUCUUUGCAGGUCGAGAGCUUUUUGGGAUACCGAAGGUUUUCGGCAAGGUGGACAUCAAGACAUCCACUGGAUCGCGCCUCUAUCAGGGAACGGUAGAGAGACCCGUGGGCACACCAAUUGUUCAUUUCAAUUUUAUCCCAGAACGAAGAGUAGAAAGUGUUCCGAAAGAUGAUACAUUGCACUUGGGUUUACGCAGCAUUCCUUCCCUAGCAAAUCCACAGACCGCGGCAAUCAAAGAAUUGGUGCCUUCAUCGAUGGAAUGGCAUGUCAAGUCUGCUUGGAUCGGUAAAGGCAGCCUUGUUUUCACUCCUGGGACGUUGUUACAUCCUUGGGCUGAUUUGAAAAUUCUGAGGUAUGAAGGAGCCAUCUUCUCCGAGAUUCCGCGCGCCUUCCUGCUGGUAAGGUUCAGCAUUGUGUUGUAA